UCAGCCUUGAGACUUGAGUGUGAUUUUCCAACAAGGACUUCAGACUUUAUUUUGAAGAGACUUGAUAACACGUUUGCUCGGAAACGUUUAACAAGUUACCUGGGUUUUUUUUUUUUUCACUAUUUCACUAUAAUACAUCCAUGGUUUUUCAUAGUUUUCAUUUUUUUGUUUCAUUUCCUGUUUUAUUUUGUUAGUCACCUCUCCUCUUGUUUCAGAUGCCCACUUCCUGCCCUCGUGUGUUUCCUGCCUCUGUGAUUGUGUCGAUGUGUUUCACCUGUGUCCAGUUGCCCCUCUUCCCCCUGUAUUAGUCUGCUUCCUGUGCCAGUUCAUGUUUGGACCUUGUGUUCAGCGUUCCAGCGUUCUUCCUCGUGUAAGUUCUCCAGUUUCAGCUGGCAGGCAUGCAGAAAGGGAGAGAUGAGAAAACGCUGCAGGCGUUUGGAGAGAAGAGAAGCCCUGAGAGCAGGACAGAUGUGGACAUCCAAGGCUUACGUCACUUUAAGAGGAUGCCUUUACUCUGUCCUACGCUGCAAAAAACAUCACCAGAGCAAACCCCACAGCCUCUAUGGAGGGUUCAAAUCCUCAACAAAUUGGAGAAAUUGAAAGAAGAUGGUACCGUGCACAGAGCGUCUUGCACGCGAACCCGAGGCGCCACUCACUGACUCGCUGUGGGACUUUUAAACUCAGCAUGCCGUGUUACGCCAGGUUUCUCUUUUUACUCUUGUGUCUGGUCCUGCUCGGGGAGUGCAGGAAGCACAAAAGUAGAAAAAAGCGGUGGUCCGCGCCGGCGGAGGCGCACAAGCCAGGCAGUCCUCUGUCCAAGAAGGUUGCGGAUGGAACCAAAACCCGAAAAGUAAAAACCAGUCACCUCCUGCGCAUCGACGAGCAUGACUUCACCAUGAGGCCCGCCUUCGCAGGUCCAGCUGUCCCUGUUGGAGUGGAUGUUCAGGUGGAGAGCUUGGACAGCAUAUCAGAGGUAGACAUGGACUUCACCAUGACCCUGUAUCUGAGGCACUACUGGAAGGAUGAGCGGCUGGCCUUCCCGAGCACCACCAACAAGAGCAUGACCUUUGACGGGCGCCUGGUGAAGAAGAUCUGGGUGCCCGACGUGUUCUUCGUCCACUCCAAAAGGUCAUUCAUCCAUGACACCACCACUGACAACAUCAUGCUGCGAGUCUUCCCCGACGGUCACGUCCUGUACAGCCUGAGGGUUACAGUCACUGCUGCGUGUAACAUGGAUUUUAGUCGUUUCCCUUUGGACUCGCAGACGUGUACGCUGGAACUGGAGAGCUAUGCCUACACAGAUGAAGACUUGAUGCUGUACUGGAAAAGCGGUGAUGAGUCCCUGAGCACCGAUGACAGGAUUUCUCUGUCUCAGUUCCUCAUCCAGAAGUUUCACACAACCUCCAGACUGGCUUUCUACAGCAGCACAGGCUGGUACAACCGACUGUACAUCAACUUCACUCUGCGGCGGCAUAUUUUCUUUUUCCUGCUGCAGACCUACUUUCCGGCUACUCUGAUGGUCAUGCUGUCCUGGGUGUCCUUCUGGAUUGACCGCAGGGCCGUCCCUGCCAGAGUCUCAUUAGGUAUAACCACGGUGCUCACCAUGUCAACUAUCAUUACUGGAGUCAACGCCUCCAUGCCCAGGGUCUCCUACAUCAAAGCUGUGGAUAUUUACCUUUGGGUCAGUUUCGUCUUUGUCUUCCUAUCUGUGCUUGAAUAUGCUGCCGUCAACUACCUGACGACAGUGAGGGACGGUAAAGACCGCAAGCUCAGAGAAAAAGUCAGGGAACAGUCCCAGAACCUCCCCUGCACCUGUGGCAUGUCCCAUGCCAGGACCAUGAUGCUGGAUGGAACAUACAGUGAGGCGGAUGCCAACAGCCUGGCGGGAUACACAAGGGCCUCCAUGGCAGCAGAGGAUGCAUCUGAAAAACAGGAACGAAUGGUGGUGCAUCUUUCUCUGGACAAUGAACCCACGGGGAACAAGAAGAAGGGCAUCCGUGGCUUCCGGAUUAUCCAGAACACCCAUGCCAUUGACACCUACUCUCGCAUGAUCUUCCCUGGCGCCUACAUCCUGUUUAACCUGAUCUACUGGUGUGUGUACUGCUGAGUGUGUGCAUUUCAGCCGAAACUGUAGGAGUAAAUGAAAAACUGCGAAAUCUUCUCCUAGACCCUAGAAGGGAUACAAUUCUUUCAUCCUGCAUGUUCAAGUGGAGCAUGGAGUUUGGCAGGAUGACUUAAGAAUAUAAGAUGCUUCUGGGUGUGAGUAUCUCCAACUCUGGCUCACCACUGGACUGGACCAUUUGCGCAGCUUCUCCUCCUUUACAUAAUUAUAUCACAAGCUCAUGCUCACCCCAAUCCUACUCAAAACGUUGCGGGGCUGGUUGCACAAGUUUUGUUCCCAGAACAGUCUAAUGCCAGUUGUACAAAAAUAAAAGCAGACAGAUUUUAUGCCUGAAAAAUAAGCGACCAUACUCAAGGGUAUGGCAACAGUAUCCAGUAUCAUUGUUGACUCAGCAGCUCUGCCUAGGAAUAUUCCCACCCCCAAACAGAGGUGACUGCUUCCCAGAUAUCAUGAUGUUUUAAAGUUUGUUUGCGGCUUAUUUCAGUAUCAUUUUUGUGGGAUCUGUUAUGCUUUUCCUUAUUUUCUUUGACAUGAUUUCUUUAUAUGGUCAUCUGCUUCUGGCACACCACUGCAAGUGUUUACAUUACAUGGCCUACACUGCCAUAUGUAGCUGCAUGCUAAUGUCAGGGAAACAUAAAAUCUUAGUUGCAUUAUGGUGUAUGUCCAGUUGUCAAGAUUUUGGUUGAGAAGCUUUUAUUGGUGAUCGGUAGGAAGUCACACUAUAUUCCAUUUAAGGAAUUUUCCAGUCACAAAUACACUGCUAGCCUACAUGUAGCACAUGCUAACAACAGGGAAACAUAAUCUUGGUUACAGAUGUUGUCAAUUUCCACCCGAUGUUAGAUCAUUUUCCUGCUGGAACAUGUCCAGUUAUGAAGAUUUUGGCUUAGAAGCUUUUAUUGAUGAAUUUCAUGGUGGAAAAUGCAGCUCUAUUCUAUCAUAGUCAUUCCCUGGCUGCAAGUUACCUGUAGUGACAUGCUAACAUCAGGGGAACGUGUAAUGUUGUUUGCCAGUAUUGUUAAUUUCUCCUUGAUGUUGCAUCAGAUUCCUGCUGGAACAUGUGCGGUUGUGAAGAUUUUGGUUUCGAAGCUUUUAUUGGUGACUUUUUUUACGGUAGAAAGUGCUGCUAUGUCACGGUCAUCCCUGGCUGCAAAUACACUGCUAAGUAUAGCCACAUGCUAAUGUCAGAGCAACAUCUAAUUUUGGCUGCCAUGUUGUUAACAUUUCUUUCGUUUCAUAUCAAAUUCCUGUUUGAACAUUACAAAGUGCCACUAUUCACUUUUACUGUCAUAUGUAGGUUACAGUGACAGUUCAGAGCUGCUAAGGGGUCAAUCACACAGUGUAGUGUUUUAUGAACAUUAAAGCAUGUAAACAUGCUAGAGUAGAAACCCAAGAAAAAAGUGUGAACCUGAAAAUUGGCAUAAUAGGUCACCUUCAAUUGCAGUAUUUCAGUAGGUCUUUCCAAUGAAGUAGGUUUCUCUGCUGCACUCAGCAGUUUUAGUUAAAUGUCUUUGUAACAUUUUCAAAAUCUAAAGAAAUAUGUUAAAUGAAGAAUUGUUAUUUAUGUAUGUUGACUUUCAACAUCCUGUAAAUCUGCAUCCACCUCAUCUUCAUUGGCUGCCAUUUAUCUGGCUCUUUCUGUUGCUCUUUUUCACGAUUGUAUCAAGGUAGCUAGCUAUGUAGGAAGAUGAUGUUCUCAUUCUUAAUCCUGCCAACAGAACUGGUGUUGAGCAAUUGUUUCUUCAAUGGGGGAAAUAGCUGUCAAUGAGCAAGACACCAGAUGUAUCUGAUUCUAAAAACAUUGGAGAAGUGGGCGGUAAUUACAGGUUUGGAACAAGACUACGGAGGAUUUCACAGCAAGCUGAAAAACACAAACCAUGGGCAUCCCAUGGAGAAAAAUAUCAGUUUCAUGGAGGAUCAUGUGGCAGUGUCGUGAAUACAUUGAUUGACAGAGCUUUCAGAUUGUCAAGAAAGCUUUGCACAUCUGAAAAACUUCUAUCUGAAGUUGGACUGUUGGAUCUGAGCCACAUUCAAAUCUUUGUGCAACCAGCCCCUGCCCAGACUUCCCUAAAUACCACUCUCUCCUCUGAAGCUCUCUAUCUUCAUGAUCAAACUGUCAAACUAAUAAGAGCAGAUAAUUUGGCUGCUAUUGCCUCUGUAACCUUUGGAUGUGAGUGAGUCAAAUAACUAAAUGUGUCCAGAGCAGAUGGCUAAUGAGGCAGUAAGUGAGCUAAAUACCAGGCUUUCUUCCCUUAAUGGCACUCCUACUACAGUGACAACUUUUCAGUUAAAGUGACAGUAAAUGCUGCUGCCCUGUGUUACUCAUGGACUACGGUUGGCAUUAUCAAGACUGCAGCAACCCAUAAAGCCAGGACUUAACAGGACGAUAUGGGUUUUAAAGCACCACACACACCACUGUUGCUGAGCUUUAUUUAUUCAUGUAUUUACAGCUUGUUCACUCACCAAGUUAUUUUAUUUAUUUAUUUAAUUUAUUUUUAGUGCAGCAAUAGAUCCACGUGCCAUUAUACCGCAAGUUGGCAAAGAUGCACAAAACAGGGCUUGUACAGAAACUGCUUGAUGCAUGCUGCAGACGUGCAGACCGUUAUCUUUCUAGAUGUAUAUUUCUCAGAAAGGACUUAAAAUCGUGGAGAGCUUUAUCAGUGAUGUAACCAACUUGAACCGCCUUAAGUGAACAUUUUUUUUUUACAACAGGAUUUAAUGGCUGUUUUAUCUUUUUCAUGUGUUUGUUUCAGUAUUAUAAGUGACUGCAUAGUUUUCUAAAGCAGACUUCCAUCAAAUUCAGCAUUUAAUCAUGUGGGUACAUAGUACCCUAAGCUACAGCAGAAGCUUUUCCUAUGCUGACUACGUUGUGAUGUGUGAUUUGGCUCAUCACAAGUGCUGCAGUUUCAUUCCACAAUACUGGUUUACAAGUCAAAAGCAGAUUCUACCUUUAAAAAUAUACAACUUUUUAAGGAAUAGUUUGACAUUUUUGAAAAUGAGCUAAUUCACUUUAAUAGAGAUGGGAAAACGUAUGUCAGUUUCAUGUACUUGCAUGCUAUGCUGCCUUCAUAUGUGGUCAUGUUCACCAUGUUUGCGUGAAGAGUCCGUAUGAAUGAUUGUAUGGGAUUGUCUACGAGUUCUAUAUUGACCUCAUGCGAAUUGCCCACAUGGAUGGAUUCAGCCAAGUGUGCUCAAUAUAGGGUUACCUAGGUACCAAGUGGGUAUGGGCCCAAAAUAGGCAUCUUAUCUGGGGCCCACUUCUGUAAACCCACCAUGUGGGCAGUUGGUAUGGGGCCAUAAUGGAACCCAUGAUAAUCCCAUGUAGGGCCCAUUUUUUAGCCCAUUCAUCCCAACACACAUAUAAAUGUUGGCUAGAAGGGAAAGUUAGAUAUUUCCAAUGGCCUCUACUUUUCAUAGAUGUUUAAUGAGAGCUGGAAACAUCGUCAGAGGCAGGGCCACUUUCAUUCCUAUGAAAGUCACUCAAGGUUGCAUGAAAUCUAAAAAACCAGCUAAAGCUAAAGACUUCCCAGGUAUAACACCACCCGGAUCUUCCGCAUCACUGGGCCCAUAAGACAAAAAGCACCACAGACUAGUUUCUGGUUUGGUGCUCCACUAACUAACUUGAAUGGGAACUAAAUGACUUAAGCAACAGCUCUUCUAGACUUUUGAAAUGUUAUUGGACUAAACUGAUCAAACUCAGAUAGUGAAACUAGUCAUUUUGCAGGGGGUUGUGAAAGUGUUUUUUUUGGGGGCCCCAUAGCAUCACGUGAUGGACCUUGAAGUUUUAAUUCCACGGUGUGACUACAACAAAGACAGACUUUGAGGCGUGCUGCACAUCCUGGGGUUCUGCAUCUUCUAUCUCUGUCAUUAUGCAUUUCCUGUAUUUUGUUCCACAUGCUACCUUGCUAAAUUGUUGGCCUCAGUGGCUUCAAGACACCAAUGUUGGUAUUGCCUAGCAGAGGUGUUUUCAUGACUUAACUACUCUAGCCCAAGCAAAUUAUGUACAUGACUUCCCAUGACUUAAGCCUGCCCCCCCCCUACCACCUGGCCCCAGAUGAGUGAAAGAAAAUGGAUGGAUAGAUGGAUGGACUCCAUGUCAUAACCACAAGUUCAUGGAUUCUGUUUGAAGCAGUGGUGUAGUAAGUAGGUUUGCGGGGUAUACUUUCCUCUUUUUCAGAUUGUUUUCAGUAAACACAUCUAUCAGCCAAAUACCUGCUCAAACAUAUCGGAAAUUAUACCCACUUCCUUGGUAACAUAGCCAUCUACCUAGUAGUACACCCUCCUCAUCAGUUACCAUCAUACCACUGAUUUUAAUGCAGCAUAAAGUACAGAGCUGGACAAAGGCAAUUAUCUUAGCUUAGCAUAAAGACUGGAAGCAGGGGUAAACUGUUUGCCCUGCUCUGUCCAAACUUUAAAAAUAUACCAGCAGCUCAUCUAGAAGUCACUAAUUGUAUUGUAUCUUAUUCGUUUAAUCGGUAAUCAAACAGAAUGAAAGAACUUUGGUAGAGAUAGUCUGUCCAUCUUGUUUCGGUGAUUUCAUUGAGCUUGACAUUGUUUUCAUAUGCUGCUUCUGUUUGGGAGGUGGGGAACUUUAAUUAGUUUUACCCUCACCAAUCAGAAGUGAACCAGCUGUCAGUGAGCAUAACAGCAGACCUCUAUUAGACUUGGCAAACAAAUAUGAGGUUAUUCACAGGUCUGGAACCAGACUUGGCUGGCUGCAUCCCCCUGCUUUCAUUCUUUGUGCCAAGCUGAACCUCCCACCUCCUGGCCCUAUAGACACACACUUACUGCGUAGAUAUGAGAGAGGCAUCGAUCUGUUCAUCUAACUAUCUGCAAGAAAGUAAAAAGCUGCAUUUUGAAAAAAUGUCAAACUGCUUGUUUAAAGCCAAGGUCUCAACCUGAUUCACAAUCUUUUCUGUUACCAAUAUUCUGCUUUAGCUUCAUGGCAGCAAUCAUUUGCCAAAACUAAACAUAAUUUUAAUUUGUGUAUGUAUUUAUUUAUUUAUUUCAAUGGUGCAUAUCGUUUUGGAAUGAAACAUGAUAGCAGCAAGUCCGCUGUUUUUUUUCAGUGCAAAAACCAAAACAGGAAAGACAAACAGGCUUGCAGAUCCAUUAGCUUCCAAACCAACAUCACUUCUACCUUCAUCCAGAAAAUGUUCAGAAUGUAAUGCUUUCAGAGCAAAUUUCAUA